AUGUUGUGGUGUCUUGUAGGUAGAGAGCGGAUCUGUGUGGUGUUGUGGCUGACUCAGGUUUGCAUUGAUGAAGGAGCAGUCGCGGAUCGGGUCAGAUGGUGGCAUGGGGCAACCGGUGGUGGGGUCAUCACAAGGCGGGGCUAUUGGUUGCCGCUGGUGGUAGCAGAUCUGCUCGCGAUGGAUGGAAUCAAAGACGGAGGAUGUUGGGCAAGAUUGCGAUCUGGAUGGCUGAGGCAUCGCCGUGUGGAUCUUGAGGUGGCGACAUGGAAGCGCACAGUUCUAACGUCGACAGAUCCGCAGCUGGGAAAGUUGGAAAAAGAUGACAUUCCACAAGAAGGAAUCUUGAGUGGACCCCUGAACAAAUCAAUUGUUAAUAAGGAAUAUAAGGAGGUGUUGGAAUUAUAUAUUGAUGAUCAGAAGCAACACUCACCUUCAAUAGAAGUUCCUCCUGAACUGAAACUUAAACAACUGCCUGCCCAUUUGUAA